AUGACCACUCAACUACCAGAGGAGUCCGUGGAGACCCAGAGCUCAGAUGAGCUUGAGUGCAAGAUCUGUUACAACCGCUACAACCUGCGACAGAGAAAACCAAAAGUGCUGGAGUGCUGUCACAGAGUGUGUGCCAAAUGCCUUUGCAAGAUCAUAGACUUCGGUGAUUCCCCACAAGGAGUCAUAGUGUGCCCAUUUUGCAGGUUUGAAACGUGCCUGCCAGAUGAUGAGGUUAGUAGUCUUCCUGAUGACAACAACAUCCUUCUGAAUUUAGCUUGUGGGGGAAAGGGAAAGAAGUGCCUACCAGACAACCCAACAGAACUGCUGCUGACUCCCAAAAGGCUGGCGUCUCUGGUUAGCCCUUCUCACACCUCUUCAAAUUGCCUGGUUAUAACAAUCAUGGAAGUACAAAGAGAAAGUCCCCAGACUCUGAACUCAACCCCCGUGGUAGAAUUUUACAGGCCUACGAGUUUUGACUCUGUUGCAACUGUGUCUCACAACUGGACAGUGUGGAACUGCACAUCUUUGCUCUUCCAGACCUCGAUUCGGGUGCUAGUGUGGUUGCUAGGGUUGCUGUACUUUAGCUCCUUGCCUUUAGGGAUUUAUUUACUGGUAUCCAAGAAAGUUACCCUUGGGGUUGUCUUUGUAAGCCUUGUUCCUUCGAGCCUUGUUAUUCUCAUGAUUUAUGGCUUUUGCCAGUGUGUUUGCCAUGAAGUUCUAGACUGCAUGUCAUCUUGA